AUGGUUAUAGAGUUCUAUCUAUCAAAUAAAGAGGGUUGAAAUUGGUAUUCCAUCUCUCAGACUCAUGACCCUGGUAAUAUGCUGACUUGGUUAGAAGAAGAGUUUAUGAAAAUGGAGCAAACAGGAAAGAAAGCUUUAAUAAUCAGCCACUUUCAGCCUGGAGGAGGUGCUUGUCUUAACGCUUGGUCUGAAAGAUACAGAGAGUUGAUAGAAAGAUAUCUAAAUUUGACCAUCUCUAACUUCUUUGGGAAUACACAUAAGGAACAAAUCUAUUUAAUAACUGGUACUCUAAACAAGACUGCGAUUCAUGUGUAUCAUGAGUCUGGGAGUUUGACGAGUUUCAACAAUCACAACCCACAAUUCAGAAUCCUCAAUCUCGAUUAUGAGACAGGCUAUCUUGUGAAAGGUCAUAAGGGCUUCCUCAACAUCACAGGAGCUAAUAUUGGAAAUACUGAAUGGAAGAAGCAAUAUGAGCUUACUGAGGAAUAUAAAAUGACUGAAUUCUCCCAAGAAAGUUUCAAUAAUCUCACACUUAGAUUUAGAGACACUCCUGGUCUCGUGACUCAAUAUAUAUGGAAUUUUGAAGGAACACCUUUCCCACUAGAGGAAUAUAACCGUGGCUUUAAGAAAUGUAGGAAAAAUACUUACUGCACAGCUAUAAAUUUCCUAAAUUUUGAAACUAAUCACUGUCGAAAUAGUCAAAGGUACAAUUUCAGCUGAAAUUUAACGAGCUCUAUUCCUGAGAUAGCUCUAUGCCUUUUCCUUGUUCUUGUGGACUAA